UGGGGGCCACCAUAGGCAGAGGCAGCCCAGGGGGAGCAGGAGGGGACAGGUCACCAUCCCCCUGGCCUGGGUGGACAGUGGGGGCGGGAGGGUCUGGCCUGAGCCUUUAGGCCUGUGCCUCGACCUGCCUCCGUCCUGUCCUGGGAGGGCCCAGAGCGAGGGCUGGAGCCAGACUCGCCUGGUUCUGGGCGGUUCCCAGACCACUGGAAGGGAUUGCUCUCUCUUUCCUGGGAACCAUGGUGUGCGGGGCCGGGCUGGCGGGCGGGAGAAUGCCCUGGGCGGGGAGACAGGACAGGUGCGGUCACUGCUCCACCCCUGGGCCGUCUCAUGGGCUCAAGCUCAACAGGUUUGGUGCUGGUGUCCUGGGAGGGCUCGGACCUUGGCCUUGGAAACUUCUGGCUUCCUGGUUGGUGUGGGCCCACGGCUCCCAGGCAGGGCCAAGGCCUGAGGGGCAGAGCACUCUACUCACAGUGAAGGGUGGACUGCGGUGGGGGGGCCUUGGAGCCCAAGGGUGCCGAACAGCUCAGCCGGCCCUUCUGUCCCUCCCCUUGGGCCUGCCCCUCCUGCUCAGACCUGAGCAGGCUGUGCACUUCACUCAUGAACCUGAGACAUACCCUCCUGAUCUCAAAGUGAAGGGAUCGGUGUCCCCACGCUGCUCAAUAAAAGCGAAAGCGCCAAUGAGUAGGGGCCGUAUGAUGUGAAGUCCCCUCAGCCCUCAAGGGGCUGGAGGGUGGGGCCAGGUGCCGCGGGUGAGGAGCAGGAGAGGCAGCGCCUGUCUCGGCGUCCAGCAGAGACUCAGCUGCCAGCUGGCUGUCCCUGGGUCUGGCUGUCUCCUGGGAGGUCUGGGGCGGAGCGCCUUGGCCCUGGUCCUCCAGCCCCGCCUCGCCCCCUGGCUGAGCGCUCACCAGCCUCCUCUGGGCAGCUUUCCCACAGCAGGCGGGCAAGAGUGCCCAGCCUGACCUGGCCCAGGCGUGGGGGGAUGGGUGGGGGCUGUUGGGGCCCUCAGGGCAGAGCCCAGGGCGCUUGGGGAGGCCAUCCUUGGUGGCACAGGUGUGGCUGGCCCAGCCACCUCAUCACGAAGGUGGGUGGCGGCUCAGCGGGGCGGGGACGGCCUGUCAGGGUCAGCCCUGCCCACGGGCUCCUCCCAGCCAGGGCUGCCUGAAGCUGGACGGGUGAAGGUGGCAGGGCACCGGCCAUGGGGUCCCAGGGCCAGGCUGCCCUGGGCCCCAAGUACAUGGGCCUCUGGGACUUCGAGGCUCGGACGGCCGAGGAGCUGAGCUUCCGGGCAGGGGACCUCUUCCACGUGGCCAGGAAGGAGGAGGAGUGGUGGUGGGCCAUCCUGCUGGACACGGCGGGCCAGGCGCUGGCCGAGGGCUACGUACCCCAAAGCUACCUGGCCGAGAAGGAGACAGUGGAGUCAGAGCCGUGGUUCUGCGGCCCAAUCUCUCGCUCAGAAGCCUCACACCGGCUGCUGGCCGCAGGCGUCGAGCAGGGGGCCUUCCUGGUCAGGACCAGCGAAAAGCCUGGCGCCAACUACGUCCUCUCGGUGCGGGACAGGCAGACCGUGCGGCACUACAAGAUCUGGCAGCGGGCCAGCCGGCUGCACCUCAGCGAGGCCGUGUCCUUCCCCAGCCUGGCCGAACUCGUGGAGCACCACAAGGCCCAGAGUCUGUCCCACGGCCUGAGGCUGACCUCGCCCUGCUGGAAGCAUGAGCCCGAGCCCCUGCCCCACUGUGACGACUGGGAGAGGCCGAGGGAGGAGUUCACGCUUUGCCGGAAGCUGGGCGCCGGCUACUUCGGGGAGGUCUUUGAAGGGCUCUGGAAGGACAAGGUCCGAGUGGCCAUUAAGGUGAUUGCCCGAGACGACCUGCACCAGCACGCAUUCCAGUCGGAGAUCCAGGCCAUGAAGAAGCUGCGGCACAAGCACAUCCUGCCACUGUACGCCGUGGCGUCCCUGGGGGACCCCGUGUACAUCAUCACAGAACUCAUGCCCAAGGGGAACCUGCUGGAGCUGCUGCAGGACUCUGAUGAGCAGGCCCUGCCGGUCUCGGAGCUGGUGGACAUCGCGGCCCAGGUGGCUGAGGGCAUGUGCUACCUGGAAUCCCAGAAUUACAUCCACCGGGACCUGGCUGCCAGGAACAUCCUCGUGGGGGAGAACACCAUCUGCAAAGUGGGGGACUUCGGGCUGGCCAGGCUCGUCAAGGACGACAUCUACCUCUCCCACGACCACCGCAUCCCCUACAAGUGGACGGCGCCCGAGGCGCUCUCCCGCGGGCACUACUCCAUCAAGUCGGACGUCUGGUCCUUCGGGGUCCUCCUGCACGAGGUGUUCAGCAGGGGCGAGAUGCCCUACCCAGGCAUGUCCAACCACGAGGCCUUCCUGCGGGUGGAAGCGGGCUACCGCAUGCCGUGCCCACGGGAGUGCACGCCCACCGCAUACAAGCUGCUGCUCUCCUGCUGGAACAGGGACCCCGAGCAGAGGCCCAGCUUCCAAGCGCUGUGGGAGAAGCUCUCCAGCCUCACCAGGUACGAGAACCCGCCCUGAGCCAGCAUCCUCCCUGCAGCGCUUCCAGGCGGCCAGAGUGGGCUGGCCUGGCAAGGAGACACCGGAGCCACCUCGGAUCCCAGGAGUGGGCCAACCUGAUCCCGGGAGGCUUUUGCCCACAGCUCCCGGAACCAGCCACUCUCGGGAAGGGGCUCGUCGGGGGCAGGGAAGCUCAUGCAGGACAGUGUGGGACUGAGACCACCCCUUCCUCCUGAAAGUGCCAGGCCCUCCUCUGCCAACUUCUCCUCUGGGGCCUCCAGGAGCCAGGGCGCCCUCUUUCCCAAGGAAGUGGGCCUACCCCUGGUCCUGACCUGAAGCCCGCCCGCUGCCACCCAGGCUUUGGCCACACUCCCUUUGCCACCUGGCCCUGCCUGACUCCUGGGCUCGAGGGGCACAGACCCCCCAGCACUGAGACAGGGGCACUGACGCCUGCCACCUGGGGCCAGGCAGCUGUCCCGGCCCACCUGCUUCGGCAAUCAGCAGCUGCCACCAGGGGAUCUGGAGGCCUCGCCUGGACCCUGUGGCAAGACUGGGUGGGGCUCAGGCUAGCCUUUGACACACAGCACCCCCAGCUUCGGGAGCACGGGGGGCCUGCCCCCGCCAUCUGCAGCCUCCUGGACACAGAGGGCAGGCUUUGGGGGCCACCUGCCACCCAAAUGCUUUGUAACGGACUCCUGCAGCGGGGGAGGGGGGCCAGAGGUGGAUGGGCUUCCUCAGGGCCAGCUGAGCCUUGCCACCCACCCAGCGGAGGCCUCUCCUCUCAGCCCUGACCUCACACCCGCCUCCGUCCACCACCACCCUCUGUUCUGAGCACCAGACCCCACUCCUGGCCACGGGGUCACGUGUUGCCCAUGCCUGCCCCCAGGAUGCCAGCAGAGGACAAGGCCCUCCCCGCCGCCAACCGCACUCAGAGUCUGACUUUGCCCAAAGCUGGGCUGCCUCUGGUGGGAAGACCCACCAUCCCAGCCCCUCAGCCUGAGUUUGGGUGCCUGGCACCAGGGACCUGUCCCAGGGAUGGAGGACCCUGCUGGGUGUCUCUCGUAAGAGGCCAGGGGUAGCGACACCCUUCUCAGAAGGUGCAGGGGAGGAAGCUCAGCACGUGAGCUCCCGUCCUCAGGGAGGAUGGCUCCCCAAGGUCCUUCAGGGGCACUGGGCCCUCCAGCGGAGGGCUCCUGAACCCAGAGCCAGAGGCCGAGCCUCCUGUGGAGUUAGAGGACCUGACCUGGCUGUCCUGGGGAUUUCAGAUCCAGCUCCUUGCUGCCUGCUCUCCCUGGCUCCCCAAAACAGCAAGGCCCCCCACCCCUUCUCAGUCGCAAGGCUCCAUGCGCACCAGAGCUGCCUGCCCACCUGAACCGGGGCCAGACCCGAGGUGGCCCCGGUUCAGGUGGGCCGCGAGUAGGGCCAGCUGCCUGCUGCCUGGGAGGCGAGAAGGUUGAGGGGUUGGUGGACUCAUCCGUCCCACGUGGGGGGAGGGGCACGCACACAGCUCACACACCGGUCAGCCUGCUGGCUGCUCCGUGUUUAUUUUCCACUGGGUGCAAGGCACAGGGUUACGGCGUGUCCGAAAGGCUCUCAUGUGGCUUGGGAUAGUCAAGAGCGGGGUUCUCUCACUUUCUUUUUGGUGGUGUGCUGUUCUCAAUUAAAGAACCCAACUGCUG